AUGAAGCUCCUCCUGACUGUUCUCUGUCUAGCCGUGGCUGUUUCAGCCUACGAGCCCAUCAACAAUGACUACCACAACACCAUAGGUGUUUAUGAAGCUGCUCGUAUCAAACAGGCUGAAGAAUCCACUGACUUUGACGGCAGCAGAAUUGUGGGAGGAAACUUCGCUAACUUUGGUCAAUUCCCAUAUCAAGCUGGACUUCUUAUAAACCUUGUAGACGGCAGACAAUCAGUUUGCGGUGCUUCCCUUAUUAGUAACUCCAGAUUGGUGACAGCUGCUCACUGCUGGUUUUCUGGGGGUUCACAAGCUCGCGAUUUCCUUGUAGUUCUUGGAUCUAUCACUCUUUACUCUGGCGGUAUUCGUAUCUACACAAUCAAUGUGCGCACACACGAAAAUUUCAAUCCGCGUUAUCUCCACAAUGAUGUUGCCAUCAUCUACAUAUACCCUGUUAGCUAUUCGCAUACCAUAAGGAACAUUGAGCUCGCUAGAGGAAACGAUUCAUUCAUUGGAUCGUGGGCUACAGCAUCGGGUUUUGGCCGCUUCACAGAGACUUCUGGAGCUUCUUCAACCCUGAGAUUCGUUAAUUUGCAAGUUACCACAAAUGAAGUAUGCCGACGUACUUUCGGAAACGCUAUCAUAUCUUCUUUCCUCUGCGUGGCUACUGCGAAUGGACGUAGUACCUGCGCUGGAGACUCUGGUGGUCCCCUCGCUAUUGGUAACAAACUGAUUGGUAUCACAUGUUUCGGCCACCGCGGUGGAUGUACUCUUGGUCACCCUGCUGGUUUCGUGAGAGUUUCUUCAUUCUACGAUUGGAUCGUAUCUAACAUGUAA